AUGCGCUGCCUUUCUCUGUAUCCGGCUAGGAGCGGUCCACCAUAUUCGUUUGGGCUCAGGACGGUCAAUAUAGCUAAUCCACUCUGCGUGCUAGAAUCGGAUUUCGGUUUUAAAAUAAAUUGCGCUUUCAAGAAGUCAGGUCUCUUCAGAGUACGAAAUCUCGGAGGGAUUAAAGCACACGCCAGUUUGGGAUUCAGUCUUGGCGAUGAGCUCGGUUUCGAUCAGUCCCUGACAAACCAAGACCCAAGUAGACGAAGAUCUGUCAGUUUCAAGAAUGGCCAACCCAAUAUCCUCGUUGAUUCUACCAAUAGAUCUGUUGCUAAGCAAGAGAAACGUGGCAAGCAGAACAGAAUCAUGAUGCGGCCAGUACCCCAAUCAAAUCGUCCCAAUCAAGCCGCUAUGAACAAGUUAACUACUCUUCACAAACGAGUCUCAACAACUAUGCAACCGAUCAUCGUAUCACCAACGCUCGAUGCAAGACUCAACAGACCACAGCCAUCAGUCACAAUGGCUAAGCCGAUGCCCAUGGGCGUUCCUCCAUUUAGACCCUUACCACCCAAAGAAGAAACCCUCAAAGUUCUGCCCAUAGCUACGAGAAAAACGUUCACCCCACUCCAGAUACCAUCCACCAUAUCACAAAGUGAGAACCCCGCCAUGCACGACAACGUUUCGAAAAUGGUCUCACAAAUGCAACCACGCAUCACUUCAUCGAACAUCAAAACGCUUAAUCCAUUCAUCCCUAUACCUCAAGCCAAUCCAUCACCAUUCACACCAAUUAAUCCAAAUGCUAUUAAUUUUGUAGACCCAGUCCCAAAACAAGAAUUGUCAUACGGUUAUAACACUAAAAAAGCAGAUGAUUACAACACUAUAAGUGGUUACAGUGAUGACACAGCAUUAAAGUUCAGUAAAGAUGAUAUCAAUGCCAAGAUUGCUGAAAUAGCCAAGGCCGGGAAUAUCUCCAUGGAAGCGGUGGAAGCUGCGAUAGCUCUGAGACAGCAACAACUGUUGAAUAAAUACGCGAACAUCCAGAUCCCGACAACAUCAUCGACGACGACAACAGAAGCUCCUGUUGUAUUUGAACUAGAACCAGAACCGGAGAUAAUCGUUGCUCCACCUCCACAAAAGCCUAAAAGAAAUCCCACUAUCGGAAAAGUGAUGAACGCCCCACGAGAAUACUAUCCUGUGGGCUACGAGAAAAAUUUCGAUGACCACUUCCAAUCAAAGGUGGAUCUUCCGGAUACUAAUUUCCAUUGCGGAGAUCAAAAAUACUUUCCCGGUCUGUAUGGUGACGAGAAUCUGGGGUGUAUGGUAUUCCAUGUAUGCGCUCUGACAGACGAUGGCCUCGUGAUGAAAUCUUUCCUCUGUCCGGAGUCCACACUCUUCGAUCAAACCAUACUCAAAUGCAACUGGUGGUUCUACGUGGACUGUAAGAACACGGCUGGUCUUUACGACACCAAUAUCCCUGUCUCCAAGAGUUACCAGCUAAUGAAAGCUCUGACUUUCUUCAGCUCGUAUAAGAAGGAAAUGGAAGAUGGUCGCCCCAUGAACCCCGAAGACGUCGGUGGUAUUAAAGAAGCUAUAUCAAUACUAGAAAAUCAAGACUCGAAACCAGCAGAUACAGAACGGGUAGAAAUCAUUACACCAUCACCAACACCACUUAUUGACGAAAGAAAUAACAAAAAGGAGGAUAUAACACCAAUUUAUCGCGGAAAUAGAAAAUUAAGUAAUUCCACGAACACUAGAGAAAAGAAUGAAGAGUACAGAUUAGUAACUGUUGGCGCGGGAUUCAACUAUAACAAUUCUUCCAAAACUAAAGCAGAAAGAAGAAGAGCUGCAUUACGUAACGCAGCUAGAAGUUCUACUACAACAACUACUACUACAGAAAAACCUGAAACUACAUCACUUGAAGUAGAAAAAGAAGAAUUAAAACCAAUGGCAGAGUUAGGUUCUGAUAAACAAGAAAAUCUAUCCGAUCAGAUAGAUCCAGAGCCCAUAUUGAAAGAGGCGGAAACAGCAGCGCCAGUCAGAAGGUUUUACAGGUCGAGCGCUGAAAGGGAAAUAGCAAUAAUUAAUAAUGAAAAAGUUCAAAUUGUGAGACCUACGCCUUCUGUGGGUGCUCAGAUUAGAUCUUUAUCGAAGUUAGACGAAGCGGUGUUAGGCAAGUCGUUUGCGCGGUUUAAAAGACAUGUACUGUUAAGGAUACCUCAUAGUCGAUAG